UCCCCGGGGCCUCUGAGGAGGCGGAACUACGGUGUCAGGAGUCGCGGUUUUCAAGAAGUCGUGGUCGGAUUGACGGGUGGGGGAAGUAGGCGGGACUUCCGGCCGGCUCUUCCAUCGGCUGCCUUUCCCGGGCGUCUCCCCGCAACCUCCUCAACUUCCCUAGUCCGUGACGCGGCGCGGGGCAGGAAUCCGAGCGGAGCGGGCUCGGGGAGCGUGAGCCGCGGUUAAAAGAAGAUGGAUGCACAGUGUUCAGCCAAGGUCAAUGCAAGGAAGAGGAGGAAAGAGGCGCCUGGACCCAACGGGGCAACAGAGGAAGAUGGGGUUCCUUUCAAAGUGCAGCGCUGUGCAGUGGGCUUACGGAAACCAGCUCCUUUUUCUGAUGAAAUUGAAGUUGACUUUAGUAAGCCCUAUGUCAGGGUAACUAUGGAGGAAGCCAGCAGAGGAACUCCUUGUGAGCGACCUGUGAGAGUUUAUGCCGAUGGAAUAUUUGACUUAUUUCACUCUGGUCAUGCCCGAGCUCUGAUGCAAGCAAAGAACCUUUUCCCUAAUACGUACCUCAUUGUGGGAGUUUGCAGCGAUGAGCUCACACACAACUUCAAAGGCUUCACGGUGAUGAAUGAGAACGAGCGCUAUGACGCAGUCCAGCACUGCCGUUAUGUGGAUGAGGUGGUGAGGAAUGCGCCCUGGACCCUGACACCUGAGUUCCUGGCCGAACACCGGAUUGAUUUUGUAGCCCAUGAUGAUAUCCCUUAUUCAUCUGCUGGAAGUGAUGAUGUUUAUAAGCACAUCAAGGAGGCAGGCAUGUUUGCUCCAACACAGAGGACAGAAGGUAUCUCCACGUCAGACAUCAUCACCCGAAUUGUGCGGGACUAUGAUGUGUAUGCGAGGCGGAACCUGCAGAGGGGCUACACGGCAAAGGAGCUCAAUGUCAGCUUCAUCAACGAGAAGAAAUACCACUUGCAGGAGAGGGUUGACAAAGUAAAGAAGAAAGUGAAAGACGUGGAGGAAAAGUCCAAAGAAUUUGUUCAGAAGGUGGAGGAAAAAAGCAUUGACCUCAUUCAGAAGUGGGAGGAGAAGUCCCGAGAAUUCAUUGGAAGUUUUCUGGAAAUGUUUGGUCCGGAAGGAGCGCUGAAACACAUGCUGAAAGAGGGGAAGGGCCGGAUGCUGCAGGCCAUCAGUCCAAAGCAGAGCCCCAGCAGCAGCCCCACUCGUGAGCGCUCCCCCUCCCCCUCUUUUCGAUGGCCCUUCUCUGGCAAGACUUCCCCACCUUGUUCCCCAGCAAAUCUCCCCAGGCACAAGGCUGCAGCCUAUGAUAUCAGUGAGGAUGAAGAAGACUAGUUUUCCUCCCUCCUUUCCUCUCCUCUCCCUCUGUCCCAUUACCUUCAAAGCUCUCUGUUGAAUUCCAGACUGUGACCCCAACACUAAACCUAAGGACAGCUACAAAGGAAAGACAACUGGGGCAAGAGGACCCUGGACUGGGGGAACCAGAACAGCCUGUCCUCCAGGUGACUCACUCGCCCACACGAAGGAGGGGCUGCACCUUAGAAGCCUGCUCUGCACCCGUUUACCCUCCCCGAGGGCUUUGUGUCACUGUUUGUGUUCACGUGAUCUCAACAGGGAAAUCGUCAUUUUUAUUACGUUUUUUUAAAAUUAGUCUUUCAAA